UGUGGGGGACAACAUGCAUACAAAAUGUCUUUUUUCUUGUGUGAACGUUCCAUUUUUGUAGCUGUAAUAAGUUGAAUGAAGACGAAGCCAUAUGUAACCUUUUUCGUCUCACUUCCAUGCGAUCAGGAACUGCUUCUUCUUUACUUCCCUUUGUUUAGUCUCUCUUGAAACUUGUUCCCUCAUCAAUCUCAUCAACUACAAACUCUAAAAGUCCACCUCUCUCCAUAUAUAUUUAUCUCUUUCUCUCUCUAUAUUUGCAUUUUGAACUUGCACGGUUUUGCUGUAGUUAUUCACCAUGAUUACAGGAAAAGAUAUCUAUGAUGUUCUUGCAGCAAUAGUACCAUUAUAUGUGGCUAUGAUCUUGGCUUACGGCUCAGUUAAAUGGUGGAAAAUAUUUACACCUGAUCAAUGCUCAGGGAUCAAUCGAUUUGUGGCAGUUUUUGCUGUUCCAUUACUGGGUUUUCAUUUCAUCUCCACAAAUGAUAUUUAUGCUAUGAAUUAUCACUUCAUUGCUGCAGAUUCACUGCAAAAAGUUGUGAUUCUUGCAGCCCUUUUUCUGUGGCAUUGUUUCAGCAAAAAUGGGAGCUUGGAGUGGAUGAUCACUCUAUUUUCUCUGUCUACUCUCCCCAAUACUCUUGUAAUGGGAAUCCCUCUGUUAAGGGCCAUGUAUGGAGAUUUCUCAGGCAAUUUAAUGGUUCAAAUUGUUGUUAUGCAAAGUGUGAUUUGGUAUACACUUAUGCUGUUCAUGUUUGAGUAUAGAGGUGCAAAAUUGCUGAUUACUGAUCAGUUCCCAGAGACUGCUGGAUCUAUCAGUUCCUUUCGUGUUGAAUCUGAUGUUGUGUCACUUAACGGCCGCGAGCCGCUGCAGGCCGAGGCGGAGAUAGGUGAUGACGGGAAGCUGCACGUGGUGGUGAAGCGGUCGACGUCUGCAUCAAUGAUAUCUUCAUACAACAAAGGGCUGCAUUCAACAGGAAUGACACCAAGAGUUUCAAAUCUUACUGGUGUGGAGAUUUAUUCGGUUCAAUCUUCACGUGAGCCUACUCCAAGGGCUUCGAGUUUUAAUCAAACAGAUUUCUAUGCCAUGUUUAAUAGUAAAGCUGCAAGUCCUAAACAUGGGUAUACAAACAGUUUUGAAGGUGAAAUUGGAUCAGGAGAUGUGUUUUCUUUGCAAUCCUCGAAAGGCGUUACGCCAAGAACGUCAAAUUUUGAAGAGGAGAUGUUGAAGCUUGGGAAGAAGAGAGCAGGAGGAAGUAUGAGUGGAGAGUUGUUUAACGGAGGUUUAACUUCUUCUUGUCCUCCUCCAAAUCCUAUGUUUUCUGGCCCUAAGAAAAAAGAAAGUAGCAACGUUAACAGUACUACAAAUCCCAACCAAGAACUUCAUAUGUUUGUUUGGAGUUCAAGUGUAUCUCCUGUUUCUGAGGCUAAUAUGAGACAUGCAGUUAAUAAAGCUGCAGCUUCAACUGAUUUUGGUGCCAUUGAUGCUUCUAAAGCUGUUAUUCAACAAGACAUAGCUGCACGUAGAGGAAAGCAACCUUUAUUUAUUCAUUAUGAUCGCCAUCAAUCUAAGGCAAAAUUAAUAGAGGAGUGCAAUGGAUUCAAUGCUUGUGAGCAUUUGAAGAAAGAGCAUAGCGGUUAG